GGCCCCAUCCGCUUGCACCACAGACCUCAGGAGCCCUUCAACCUCCCUUCGUGCCGGGCUCUCUGCUGCCCCCGCCCCGGGUCCCUUUUCAAGCAGCCCGGACCAGAGCACGGGGACGGGCGUGGGUGUUAUCUGCCGUGCGGGUGCUCGGGGCUGUGCGGCCGGCAGAUCCGGGCGGGCUGUGGGUCCGUGGCCGCCGCCUCCCGCUUGGCCCGGGCCGAGAGCAGCGUGGCCGGAGCCGCCGCCUCCCCGGAGCGGCCGCAGCCGCCGGCCCAGCGCCGUGCCCGGCAUGGCCGGGGCCCCGCGCCUCCUCCUGCUCCUGCUGGCGCUGCCGCGGGCCGGGGAGCGCGGCCGGGCCGGGCCGGGCCGGGCCGGGCGGGCCCAGGAAGGGCGCGGGCAGCGCCGAGCUCCCGGCAGGGCGAGCCCCGCAGCGGGGCAGGGCCGGCGGCGGGGGAGGCCGGGGGAAAGGCCGGGACCGGCGGCACGACAGCCUCGGAGCUGCCCCUGCCCGGCCGGGACAGGGACCUUGCACCCGGAACAGGCACGAGCGGCCGGGGCUGGGCAGGGCAAUGCCCGUGUGCGCGGGGAUCCCCCUUAAUCCGUGCUGUUCGCCGCCAAGUGCAGCAUGGUCCGGAGCUUGCUUUUAUCCCUCUUGACUCUAGCUGUGUAGGACCCCGCGACUUCCGGCCUCAGGUCUGUGAUGUGCAGUGCGAGGCCGGCGUUGGGGGAGACGGUCACGUUUCCUCUCGAGAUCUCGGCAGGGGAGACAUUAGAUAAUGUUGGCCGGACGAUUGGCACAGAGAGUCUAGCAACGGCGGGACCAGGAGACCCCCCGAAUGUCCUUGUCACAGACAGGCGCUAUAGGGGCCGCCUGCGUGUCCCCAACGCCGGCCUCGCACUGCACAUCACCGACCUGAGGCCGGAGGACGCGGGGUCCUACACAGCUAGAGUCAACACGGAUAAAAGUGAAUUCACCCGGUUCUUCGCACUGCGGGUCUACGAUCGUCUGCUAGAGCCCACAAUUCACUGCAAUGCCCAGAGCUGUGCGAAUGGACCCUGUAACAUCACCCUGAGCUGCUCCAUCCCCAAAGGAGCCAACAAUGUGACCUACAGCUCAAACACGCCUGCCCAGGCCUCAUUACUGUCCUACUGCCAGGUCAAGAGGCUCAUCCUGCUGUUGGUGUUGGGAUUGCUGAUCACCAGGACCGUGGCAGUGCACAUCAUGCCUGCCCAGUUGCAGCUGGAGAUCAUUUUAAGCAGCAGCAACACCUCUCACUGCAAGGCCAGCAAUGAUGUCAAACUGCUGUGCAACUUCUCAGCUUCACACAUGUCUCGCUCUGCACUGUAUGGCCAGUGCCCAACUGCGGAGGAGAAGGAACCACUAGGUUGUAAAGAAAUGGAAGUGGCUGUGGUUACAGAGGAAAGCGUGUGGUUAGUGCCAGAAAAUCAACCGUCAGUUUGGGACGAAAUCACCUGGAGAAUGAGACUCAGCUCUGGAGUGCAGUAUUGGAUUGUGGAACUUGCUAAUAGGGACAGUCGUGUGGAGCUCAACACAGCCUCCCCGCUAGGUAGGAGAGUCACCUUCCACCCCAAGAAUUUCUCACUGCAGAUUGAGCUGGUUAACAAGUCGGACAGUGGUAACUAUUUCAUGGAUAUGACAUCUCCAUUCGGCACUACCCAUACCACCUGCUUCCGUGUGUCUGUGUUUGACCGAGUCCGGCAGCCCAAACUCACAGCGCUCUCUGCUCACGCAGAGCUCAGACGGUGCAACGUGACCCUGUCCUGCCAGGUGCAGGAUACUGACAGAGUCGCUUACAGUUGGUCACGAGGUGCAUCCUGGAGCCCAGCCACAGGGGACCAGCAGCUCCCCGGGCAUCAAUCCCAGCUGCAGCUGGAGAUCACUGAGGGCAGCAAAGACACCUUCUAUCACUGCAACGCCAGCAAUGCAGCCAGCUGGGGCAUGGCCACCAUCCAUGUCAAAACAGUGUGCCGCUUCCCAGCCACAGCCUCGUCGCUGUCCUACUGCCAGACCAAGGGGCUCAUCCUGCUGCUGGUGCUGGGGCUGCUGAUCACUGGGACUGUGGCGGUGCAUGUUGUGGCUGAGUGUCUGCCCCAGCCCAUGAUUGACUGCGAUGCCCAGAGCUGUGUCAAUGGGCUCUGUAACACCACCCUGAGCUGCACCAUCCCCAACAGAGGCAGCAAUGUGACCUACAACUGGAGUGCCGCAGACCCCCAGGCCCCCAGUACGACCACUCAAGGAUCCAGCGUGAUCAUCUCUCACCCAGAUCUUCCAGUAAACGUCAAGUGCACCGUGCACAACCCCAUCAGCAGCAGCUCCACGAUGACUGCCUGUGUCAGUGCCUUCUGCACAGUUCCAGCACAACCACCCUCCCACUCCUCAUCGCUGUCCUGCUGCCAGGCCAAGGGGCUCGUCCUGCUGCUGGUGCUGGAGGCGCUGAUCAUUGGGACCAUUGUGGCUGAUAAGCAGCCAAAACAGGACUGGACAAGGCACAGGGUCUCCACUGGCAGACCUUGCUCUCCACUGCCUGGUCUGCACUCGCCUGCCCUGCGCAACUCAGCCGGGAUGAUGCGGGCUCUCGGACCCCUCCUGCUCUCCCUCCUUCUGCUCCUCCAAGCUGGAGGUUGUCAAGAAGUAAAAGUGAUGGCUGGUGUUGGGGAGACGGUUCAGCUGCAGCCCAAGACAUGGCCGUCGUCCUGGGUGGCAAUCAACUGGAAAGUGAAACUGCGUUUAGAGGGCUACUGGAUCCUCAGACACGAUCAGAACAGCACCUCGGCCAAUCCAUUACUGCCCUUUGCUGACAGAGUCUCUUUCCACCCUGGGAAUCUCUCGCUGCAGAUUAACUCGGUCACGGAGAAAGAGAGUGGCCUCUACACCAUGGACCUGAUGCUGGGGGAUGGCUCUGGAAUCACCAGUAAUUUUCGGCUGUUUGUGCUUGACCGUGUCCAGCAGCCCAACAUCAAGGCAUCUACUUCCCAGGAGCGUGGAUGGUGCUACCUUACCCUGUCCUGCUUGGUGCCCAAAUCUGCCUGGGUCACCUACAGUUGGUCUCGAGGGGUAUCUUCCAGCCCAGCCCCAGAAGACCAUUGGCUCGAAGAGCAUCAAGCCGAUUUGCAGCUGGAGAUCACUAAAAGUGGCAGCAACACCUUCUAUCACUGCAAUGUCAGCAAUGCCAUCAGCUGGGGCAUGGCCACCAUCGAUGUCGAACCGCUGUGCAACUACACAGGAUGGUCUGGAGCAGGCACAGAAGCCCCCACAACAGAGGUGGUCCGGACCCCAGAGGCCGCCCCAACAGAGCUGGUUGGGACCCCAGGGGAGACGGUCAUGUUUCCUCUCAAGAUCCCGGCAGGGGAGACAUUAGAUAAUGCUGCCUGGAUGAUUGGCACAGAGAGUCUAGCAAUGGCUGGAGACCCCCCGAGUGUCCUUGUGUCGGGCAGGAGGUAUAGGGGCCGCCUGCGUAUCCCCAAUGAUGGCCUCUCACUGCACAUCACCGACCUGAGGCUGGAGGACGCGGGGACCUACACAGCUCAAGUUAACACAGAUAAAAGCCAAUUCACCAGGCUUUUCACACUGCACAUCUAUGAGCGGCUGCCAGAGCCCAUGAUUCACUGCAAUGCCCAGAGCUGUGUGAAUGGGUCCUGUAACAUGACCCUGAGCUGCACCAUCCCCAAUGGAGGCAACAAGGUGACGUACAGCUGGAGCACCCCACAGCCCCUCCGUAUGUUCAGUCAAGGAUCCAUCGUGAUCAUUACUCACCCAGAUCUUCUUAUAAACGUCACGUGCACAGUGCAGAACCCCGCCAGCAGCAGCUCCACGAUGGCCUAUGUCAAGGCCCUUUGUGCAGUUCCAGCAACCAUGCCUGUCCAGGCCUCAUCACUCUCCUACUGCCAGGCCAAGGGGCUCAUCCUGCUGUUGGUGCUGGGGGUGCUGAUCACCGGGACCGUGGGAGUGCACAUCAUGGCUAGCAAGCCACCGAAACAGGACUGAGCAGGGCCGAGCCCACAUCAGCCCUGCUCCACUCCAGGAGAGGAAGAUGAGGGGAGGCUGCAGCACGGAGGAGAAGCAGCCAGUGGGCUGCAGGGGUCUGACUAUGAGUGUCGGAGACCAGUUCCUAAAGCAGCACGGGCGCCCUGCAGAAGUUUCACCCCAUCGCUGCCUCCUCCCCUGCCCAGGGGGCCAAACGAUCAAGACCCCAGUCUGCAAGGCAGUCACUGGCUGGGCUCAGGGGCACACAGACAUGGGCAAGGCACAACACUGCUGUCCCGGGGGCAGCUGCAGCCUCUACACAAACCUUCCCUCCUCUGCACUGUCUGUCUCUGAACCCUCAGGGUCAAUCCUCCCCCCAUGCCCCAAGAGCCCCCUGAGGUUGCACCAUGGGUCCCAGGGCUUGUUCAGCAACCAGCACUGUGGGUGCCAACGUCCCUGUAAGGCAGGCUCUCCACUGGGAGGGGUAAUGCCCAAACACUCCAGCCCCCCAUUUCUCUUUUGCAACAAACCCAGCCUAGCCCCAUCAUGGGAGAGCUCCCAAGAAGCCUUGCUGCCUGUCCCCGCGCUUCCCACCCCUCCUUGAAAGCCUGCCUCCAUUGCACCCACCCCAGUGCCUGGCCUGGCCCCUGCUCCUGCUCCUCUGCCCAGGCAGGGCACUGCUCUCCUGCUGGGCCAAGGGGCUAUUCCUGCUGCCACCAGCACUGGUGCCCAGGGGGAGAGGCUUGGACUCAGGAGCAGAGACCCCACAGGGUGCUCUGUUGGGAACCAGGGGCCAUCAGGUGUGGAUUUUGACCUUUGUGAUUGACUUAAGCUCCAUGCAUUGCUUGAAUUGUGGUCGAGACAAGCAGCCAGUGAAAGGACCAGGUGGAAAAUAUUGACCCCGCUUAAAAAGAAAUUGAGAAGUUGGCUUACUAAAUUGAAUAAAUAUAUCCUGAAGCUC